UUCGCGUCGCGCGCGGUCCUGGCGCCGCAGUCCGUCCGGGCGCUGAAGGGCUCGGAGGCGGCGAGGGGCCUGGCGCUGUCGCUUCCUCCUCGCUCUGCGAUGCCUCCGCCGGCCUGGAGGGCUUGGCUGCCUCGCCCUGGGCGGGAGCUGCUAGUCUACUGCCUCAUCUUCGGCGUCUCCUUCCCGCUGCUGGUGCUGCUGGUGGCGGUCUGAGAUGCGAGGCGAGGCGGGCGGCGAUGAGGAGGCAGAAGGGCCGGAGAGGCGGGCUCGGGGCUGAGCUAAGGCGCAACAGCUGGCGCGCUUUUCCCGCCCGGGCAAAGAAGGGUGUCCUGUCCUGCUCGCCGUCGGCCGGAAGGAAGUAAGGGGCCCGAGGCGCGAGAUGGGAGAAGGGAUGUCUAAGAGGCUGAAGAUGCAACUGGGCGGCGAGGCGGAGAUGGAGGAGCGGGCCUUCAGCAACCCCUUCCCCGACUACCAUGGAGCAGGGGCCGCCGCCAGCACCGUGCCGCCCUCCCCCACCGACCCUGAGGGCGAGGAGCGCCUCCCCUUCGAGGCCGACGGCAAGAUAAGCCCAUAUUUCAACAGGAAGGUCACAGCAAAAAUUAAAGACCUUCUGCAGCAAAUGGAAGAAGGGUUAAAGACAUCAGAUCCUCACGACUGCUCUACAUAUACCGGCUGGACAGGUAUAGCCCUCUUGUACCUUCAGAUGUACCGCGUGACAACGGAGCCAAGUGACCUCCAGAGAUCCUUGGAUUAUGUGAAGCGAAUCCUUCGGAAUCUGAAUGGCAGACGAGUUACUUUCCUUUGUGGUGAUGCUGGACCUUUGGCUGUGGGAGCAGUGGUGUACCACAAGUUGAAGAAUGACACUGAAUCCAAGGAGUGCAUAACAAAACUUUUGCAACUCCAGAGAAUAGUCCUUGCCACAGAUGCUGACCUUCCAGACGAGCUGCUUUAUGGAAGAGCUGGUUACCUGUAUGCCUUGCUGUAUUUGAAUACUGAAAUUGAUCCUGAGACAGUACCACAGUCUUUUAUCAAAGAGGUAGUGGAUUGCAUCAUUGAAUCAGGUAAAAAUCUUUCCAGAGAAGAACGAAAGACUGAACGGUGCCCACUUUUGUACCAGUGGCACAAAAAGCAGUAUGUUGGUGCAGCCCAUGGCAUGGCUGGGAUCUACUAUAUGCUAAUGCAGCCAGCAGCCAACGUGGAUCAGGAGACUUUGACAGAACUGGUGAAACCAAGCAUUGAUUAUGUGCGUCAUAAAAAAUUCCGAUCUGGGAAUUAUCCAUCGUCUUUAAGCAAUGAAACUGACAGGCUCGUUCAUUGGUGUCAUGGUGCCCCAGGAGUCAUCCAUAUGCUCAUGCAAGCAUAUAAAGUGUUCAAAGAAGAGAAAUAUCUGAAGGAUGCUAUGGAAUGUAGCGAUCUCAUUUGGCAGAGAGGACUGUUGAGGAAAGGCUAUGGCAUCUGUCAUGGGACUGCGGGAAAUGGUUACUCCUUCUUAUCCCUCUACCAUCUCACUCAGGAUAAAAAGUACCUCUACCGGGCUUGCAAGUUUGCAGAGUGGUGUCUUGAAUAUGGUGCCCAUGGAUGUCGUAUUCCUGAUCGACCCUACUCACUCUUUGAAGGUAUGGCAGGAGCAAUCCACUUCCUCUCUGACAUACUGGCCCCAGAGAAGUCCCGCUUCCCAGCCUUUGAGCUUGGUCCUCAAAAGAAAGGAAAGAAUGACAGCAAAGUAGAAGCUUAACACGAUGCCAAAAGGAACAAGACUGCUUAGUGCCUAAAGUACACUGAACCAACACUGGAGUCUGAACAAAGAGUGAAAACUUUCUCACUUUUCCAAAGGACCAUUUUUGUGGUAUGUGCAUGAAUGAGAGAGCUCAACACCUCAAUGUUUCAUUUCAGGAGAUGCCUUUUGCUUUGGCGCAGAGCAGUCUUAACCUUCAUUAGGCUCUCCGUUUUUCAGUUUUCACAGUUCUAUUUAGAUUUUUCGAGUGUUUGCAUGUUUCUCUGUGUUUGUAAAUGUACGGUUCUUCCCUGUUUGUUGUAAAGCUGAAAACUGUUCUGUGAUCUCCAGUCUUGUUGUUUUUCUGUGCAUGACUGUAAUGACAACACACUUCUCUUUCUGCAGCUGGAUAUAUGAGCUCAUAAUGGGAUUGCGCUGUCUGUGGGCAGCAACAAAGGAGGAAAUCCAGUCUAGGCAAAUGCUCAAAUUGGUCACUCUUCCAGGCUCACACUACCAAAAUCACUGAACACAUUUGCACUACACAACUUCAACAGCAAGAUCCAGUCAUACCUAAAACGCUUUCAAAGCCCAUUGAUUCCCAUGCAAAAAGUCAUGCAUGGACAGAUCUCCUGCAAUACAUAUCAGUAGGACUUAAAUAUGUCAAGGUUCUCUCUGAAUUAUACUGAACAGUUUCCCCCUUUCCAAUGCAAUUACCUUUUCGUUUUCAGUUCUUCCAUAAUGAAGCACUAACAUCUGCUUGUUUCUGAUGGGAUAAUUUUAAACAAAUUCUAGACUCCUCUGUUAACGGUAUAUGAGAUUGUGUCCUUAGGCACCAAACCUGCUUCAGAAUGAAUACAUUAGCAUGAUCUCUCUCUUCUCUCUUUCAAAAUGUCUUUUUUCAGUAUACUUUUCAGAAAAGAAGAAUAAGAGUGCAAGUGUUUGCUGAAAAGCCAGUUUUUUAAUACAAGGAGGCCACAACAUGUACAGCUAAAGUACCCAAUGCCUCUGUGUUACAGUUUGUGUCAACUGACUGUAAUUCCACCAGUGUUAUGACGGAAACUUGCUGCCAUAUAAGUGAUGGCAAAUUCAGUCCAGGUAAAAAUGCAUAGUACGUAGUAUGUUCCCAAAGUAUUUUGUAGUCUCUAUUGCUCCCUAGUUAUUGCUAUUGCUGAAACCAUAUCACUAAAAUUGCCUGUGUUGAGGCAGAGGGCAUAAAAACAUGUCACCCAAAAGCAGUGUUAGAAAAAGCCCCUAUCUUUUGAGGCACUCUGUCCUGGCAACUCUUUAUGGUGUAGAUAUUCCACAGUAAUCCAUGCUGAAUGUCAGCAGCAGCGGGUCACUGGAAAUUGGGCACCAGUCUUGACAGCAUGCAUUCUUUGUGGGUGAGAUUCACUGUGCCCCCCAACCUCUUGGAGUUGCCCAUCCCUGAGCUAAAUACUGGUGUUGAGAUCUUUUUGAUGGGACCAGUGUAGCCGCCUCUGGUGAAUAAUGAAGUUAUAGUUCUCUGUUGAUUAAAAUGAACUCUCCCAGAUGUGUUUUUUUAUCCUCUGAAAUGUCCUUUGACAGACAGUUCAUUGAGAGCAUGUCACGAUUAUGCCCAAGAGUCUCAACAAAAAGGAUGUUUCUCUUUUUACCAUUCAAUUUGUUCAUAUCUAAAAGAAAUUGAGCAAGAUUUGCCUCAUAGGGUGCAUCUCUCGUAGGAGUGAACCUGUUUCCAGACAUUCUCAGUUAAGGAUUGAAUCCUGAAUUUCAAAUGGAGAUAUUUCAAGAUAGUUGCAUCACAUUGUUCUGAUUCUGUGGUUGGCAACAGCAUUGUUUUUGACUAAGAGUAAAAUGAGAAUGAGGAACCUUUUGUAAGAGGGGUUGGUGAAUGGAGGGAUCUGUUACCACAGUGUUUUCCUGUUCCAAUUGUUUUCGGUAAAUAAAUCCAUUACUCAAAAUGUGAAAA